AUGCUCCUGCUGCGUCGCGUGGGUCGGCGUCCGGUCUGCGCCCGCGGGUUUGCAUCGCAAGCGCCGCUGACGCGCGAGUACAUCCACAGCUGCUUGUACCGCAAGGAGGAGGGCUACUUUACGUCGACGAAGCGCGAGGUGCUGCAUGCGCCCAAGGAGCCCAUCGACUUCAACGACCUCUGGGGCAAGCGCGAGUACAAGAACCAAGUCGCGGCCUUGUACGCGCAGGACAAGGAGGCGUGGAUGACACCCGUCGAGGUCUUCUACCCCUACUACUCGCGCGCGAUCGCCAACUACAUGAUGAUGUCGCCGCACACGCUCAACGCCGAGACGCUGCACAUAUACGAGAUUGGCGGCGGCGCCGGCACGAACGCCCUCUGUAUCCUUGACUACCUCAAAGAGCAAGCGCCCAAGCUCUAUGCCAACACGACGUACACGAUGAUCGAGAUCAGCGCGCGCAUGGCCGCGCGCCAGGCCGCCCGCGUCGCGUCGCACCCCAACUGCAAGGUCAUCAACAGCGAUAUCCUCACCUACUCGGCCAAUCACCCCAAGGUCAACGAUCCGUGCUUCUUCAUCGCGAUGGAAGUGCUCGACAACCUCCCGCACGACAAGGUGACGCUGGCCGACGGCGAGUGGUUCCAGACGCAUGUCCGCGACGAUGCCGAGGAGCUCCAGCCACUCCGCGACCCGCUCAUUGCGGAGGCGCUCGAGUACUUUUCCUGCGAAAUUCCGCUGCGAGGGACGUUCAAGCGCACCUCCGGGCUCGCGACGCAGCUGCGGUCGAUGAUUGGCAUGCGCGAGAAGCUCCUGAACGCAGCGUUCGUGCCCACAGGCGCAAUGCAGCUCUUGCACACGCUGCACAAGAGCUUUCCCAAGCACCACUUGAUCGCCGCCGACUUUGACGAGCUUCCCGCGCCGUCGCUCGACAAGGCGGCGACCCACCAACCGUACGACCACCCGCGCAGCGCAACGUCAACGGCGUCGGGACCGCUGCAUGCCGCCAACGCGCCCCUCGUCGCGUCCAAAACCGACGGCGUCACGGUCGACCACGAUACGUACUUGGUUCCCGGCGGCAUCGCCGACAUUUUUUUCCCCACGGAUUUUAUCAAGCUCAAGCAAGCCUACUGCCGCAAAAUGGAGCUCAAGGAUCACGAGGUGUCGAUUGUCAAGUCGGGUGCGUUCUUGAAGGAAUUCGGCGAAGUCGACAAGACACGCACAAUCCUCGGCUACAACCCGCUGGUCGAAGACUACGCCAACACAAGCUUCAUCUUGAGCUAA